CUUCGCAAUGAAUAACAUCAUCAAUCAUCUCGAGGAACCGCAAUUCUCUCCAUUUUCCCGGAUGCCAAACACUCCAGCAACAUGUCGGGCGCCUGGCAAGACUGUGUUACCGACUCCGAUCGACAACCCGACUCCGAUCAUCAAUAUUCCCACAUCAAUUUUGAUUUCUUUUCCGCCAUUGUUAAACCCAAGGAUUACUACAAAAUCUUGGAGGUAGAUUACGAUGCUACAGACGAUGACAUCCGAUCCAAUUACAUACGAUUGGCUUUGAAAUGGCAUCCUGACAAGCAGAAAGAUAAAGACGGUGCUACUUCCAGAUUUCAGGAAAUCAACGAGGCUUAUCAAGUUUUAAGUGAUCCUUCCAGAAGGCAGGAAUACGAUGAGAAAGGGAUGCUGUAUGUAAAUGACGAUAACAUAGUGGAUUACCUCAAGCGAUACAAAAGCCUUAUUUUGACAUGUAAUGGCCUCGGUAUGAAGUAUUCAAUUUGGUGAAAUUGAAGUUCCCACAACUGCAAAAAGGCCUUUCUUGGUACGUUUUGGAUAUUUUUUUGGCCAUCUCCCAUAGUUGAAUUGAUCGGUCAAAAAUGAAAGGGCAGUUGGGCUUAUGUGACUUGUAACAAUAUAAUGCAUAUUGUUGUAAUACAUGUAAUCAAGGGAUGGAGGCCUUUUAUUGUGAGGCACUUUCCUGCUUCCCCAUCUUUUCUUACUAUGUACAUAUAACACUGACCCUUAGAUUAGAGGGAGUGACAGAAGAGAAUACAGGCCUUUCUGAUUGUUUCUGGUCUUU